UGCGUUUAAUUUGUGGUUUCCCAACUUUUACAGAAGCUGUCAGUGCAAUGUUUUUGCCAGAAGUAUAAAAUCAGAUGUUUUUGACAUUCACCAAGUGCCAUGGCCAAUAGCAGGCUGUCCAACGGUUCUGUAGGCUCCCCUCCCAGACUGGGACUUCAAGUACGGAAUCAUUCAGACGAUCAUGCUCUGAGUUGGACAGAUGACCUCCCAGUAUGUCAGCUGUCUGGGAUAGGAUUCUCCACUAAUCAGGCCUAUCGGGAGGACGGUCUUCGACGAGAACUUCACGAGUUUGAGGACAGAAGCUUCCACUUCAAACUUGAUGAUGACUGCUAUUUGUAUGGAGUAUUUGACGGCCACGAUGGCAGUAAAGCAUCCAACUUUACAUCUCAAAGGAUGCCAGCAGAGUUACUCCUGGGGCAGCUGGGUGAAACAACCUCUGAUGAUGAAAUAAAAGAGGUUUUAAACCAGGCAUUUAUAGCUGUAGAAAAAAGUUUUUUUGAAUCAAUUGACCAUGUCUUUGCUGAGAAAACUACUAUUCAACUUCAACUUCCAGAGGGGCUUGAUCACUAUGAUGCCUGUCGACAGUACCCAGACAUCAUGAGUAAACUUGAUGAGCUAGAAAAAAAUAUAACUGGUGGUACUACAGCCACUGUGGCCCUCAUCUGUCAUAACAAACUCUAUGUGGCAAAUGUUGGUGACUCUCGUGCACUGCUGUGUACAACGGAUGAUGAAGGCAUGCUGAGGGUAAUGCAGCUUUCUGUUGAUCACUCCCUGAUGAAUGAGGAAGAGUUAAACCGUCUUGCCCAACUCGGCCUAGACACAGAACAACUGAAGCAGUGCAGACAUAUUGGCAGCUCUGACAGUACACGGUGUAUAGGAGACUAUCACGUUAAGGGAGGCUACAAAGACAUAGAUAUACUCAGGAGUGCCAUAAGAGAGCCUGUGAUAGCUGAUCCAUAUGUCCAUGGAGGCAUCAGUAUUGAUAGCUCUAGUUGUUUCCUCAUCCUCAUGUCUGAUGGUCUGUACCAAGCAUUACAAGAUGCCACUGGGUGUGAUCGGGUCAAUGUGGAAGUGGCUCGAAUGGUGGCAGCAGAGUUUUCUGUCCAGUCUACAUUAAAUGGUGUGGCUCAGGCAGUAGUGGAUAAAGUGGCACGCAUACACCAUGACACCUAUCUGACUACUCCAGAAAAAAAACAGUUGUGUCAAAAACGUGGAGACAUUACAUUGUUGGUUAGAAAUUUCAAUUAUCCUCUAGCCAAUGCAGGAAGUCCAGCAGGGAGUGCUACCUAUCAUCCUGUGUCCCUACACUUUUACCACGGGCGAGCAAACAGCCAGCCCCCUGUGUCAGUCCCAAACUAUCUUCCUGUUGCAACAACACCCACUUCUGAUUCAGACCUGAUAUCUCUGACAUCACCGCAGACGCCCACUGCCUCGGUCACCCCAGGUAAAGACACUCUGACUUCAGAGUCGAGCCGAAGUGAAAGUGGUCAGUCCACACUGAACACCUACGCCAGCACUAACUCAACUAGUACUAACUCCACCCAGAGUAGUGGGGAAACACGAUUUCCCAGCCGUUACUAUCAGACUACCAAGCUAGACUUGGAUGCAGAUGGUAAAAUAGGGGCAUAUAUAGAUUUCUCUGAAUUUUAUCGAGCUAUUGAUGAACUGACAGAAGCACAGAGAGAAUCACUCAAUGCAGAGACAAAACCCAAAUCAGCAUAUGAACCCAUUACUGAGGAAUCCGAGUCAUUUGUACCUGAGAACUGAGUUGUUUAAUACGUGAAAUGCUCCAUCGUGUGAAAUACUUUACCAACACUCGUUAAUUGAUUGUAGGAUUACAGGGAUAAUCCUGGAGGGGGGCCUUCAGAACUGAAAAUCAUUAAUUCUGCAUUCAAUGGCCCCUAAUAUUUUUAUAUUGAUUAAAAUUACUGAAGCUGGGUUUUCUCUGUAAGUGAAUGGCUUAAUCUACUGGAUACUCUCAGUAUAGAAUCCAAGUCACCUGAUAUCAAGUCUUCAUAUAUAGUUAUUUAUUGAUGUGUGUACAUGUUUUAUUUUCAAAGCUUGAAUGUAUGACAUUUGUGCAAAAUCUGUUCAACAUACAUGUAAAUAUUUUGUGAACUGAAUCUGCUUAUGCAAUUUAAUCUAAGACUUUGAUAUAAUUCAAUAUUGCAAUUUGUAUAAGAGAUGAUUAUAUUUUUAUAUGUUAGGGAUGAGAUGCUCAAUACUCUUGUCACAAGUGCUACUUGAUGGUGUGCAUACAUGAAUUUAUGUCUGAUUGAAAGGGAUGUGUAUUAUUACCAUGAAUGAGUUAUUAAUAUCUUAAAAAUCAUCAUGUACUUGGGAAAUUAGAAUUCAUACCAACACUGAAAGUUGUGUAGUCUGUUAAAUCUAUUGUUUAUAAAAGCAUUGUGUAUGAAGUAAAACUUUGAUAUUGUAAAAAUUGUUGUUUUUGUGGAUAUCAAAACCAAGAGAAAGAGCAAAGGUGCAUCACGCCCAUCUGUCCAUCCAUGUCAAUGUAAAGCUCAAAGCUUAUGUACAGUCAGUAUUUGAUACAAAUCCUGUAAAUUACUUGAAGCUUGCAGAUGCAUCAAUUAUAAAUUUCUAUGAAACCCACAAAAUAUGGAAAAUAAGUUUCAGUAAAGGGAGAUGAUUCCAUAAGUGCGUUAGACUACCAAUGCUGGUACAAUGUAAUUUAUUUGUCUACAAAUAAGGCUCUGUCUAGAAAUAAGCCACCUUCUUCAUUUUUACAGAAUUGUCCACUUAAAAAUGGUAAGUUUAAGGUGGUUCACAUACAUUGUAAGCCUUCCUCAAUGUGUAAUACUUAAUUUUGACACUUAAGGGGAGGGGGUUAUAAUUAGUUCAGGAUAAAUAUCGUACUAAACUUUUACACUAGGGGAGAGGGGCUUAUUUGAGGAUAAAUAUGUUACUUAACUUUGACCCUAGGAGAGGGGGCUUACUUGAGGACAAAUACGGUGCUAAACUUUGACACAAGGGGAAAGGGCUUAUUUGAAGAUUAAAAUACAUUACCUCUAUUAUUGCUAUAUUCUUAACUUCCGGAAUACAAAUUGUUAAGGCCAAUAAAUGGUAGACAUUAAAAGACCUGAAUUUACACGAGUUGUAAUCUACACAAGCAGUGCAUGGUAUAGAAUCAACAUGAAGUACUAAUAAAUAUCUUUGAUAUUCUGUGAACUAAAACUAUUACAAAAAGAAAAGUGUAUAUCAUUACAUGGCCCACAACCACAUUUUUAUAUACCUGUCCAAAAUACCAGUAUUUUUACAGCUGGCAUUCGUUAUUACAUUGUAUCAUUUUGUGAAAAAUAUACAUUAUUGAUAUAGAAUGUAGCCUAUCCCAACAACAAAGCUACCUGGUAUAUCUGAAUUAUCUUAAUAAUACAUAAACAGAACUGAGCCCCUUGAAGUAUUUUGAUAUUCAAUAGAUGGAGUAUUUUUGCAAUGUUUAUUGUAGAUAAAUGUGACACGACAGUGUAAAGUGGUUUGUAAGUUGAGUGUGAUAUGUUACUUUAUACAAAUCAGUGUAGUAUAACAGUGUAUAUAUGUAAUACCUAGGGUAUGGAGUAUGAUUUAUGGGUGCAAGAGUUCCAGUCAUUAGAUGUUGAUGAACAGAGCAACAGCAUUUGUGAUUUUAAGGAACUGAUGGUGUUUUACCAAGGCCUUAUUGGUCUGACACUGAUUUUUAGACAGCAUGCUUCGUACUUCAUCAUCCGUUGUGCAUGCAUUUUUCACAUUUCACCUUCACAAGUUGCACCAGCUCUAACUUACCUGAAAUGAUCCUUAAAAUGUUGUUAUUUUUCGGGUUGGUCUGAAAUCCAAGAUGGCUGCCAUCUAGAACAAACAAAUUUUAAACUUCUCCUUUAGUUCCACUGGUGCCAUCAAUCUGGAAAUUGGUAAGGAUGUUAAGGAAGGGAAACCAACAAAGUGUUGUUAUUUUUCGGCCUCAUUAAAACUUUGACAUGGCAGCCACAGCAGCCAUUUUGUAACAUGAUUGUGCAAUCAUGGAUUCCCUGAACAUUACAUAUUUCCAACUUCUUCUCAAGUUUCACAUAUGGGAUUUAGCUCUAACUUACCUGGAAUGAUCCCAAGAUGGUCCUGACCAAGUUUUCUGGUUGGUCCAAAAUUCAAGAUGCCCCCCAUUACAGCCAUCUUGAAAAACAUAUUUGUCAUUUGGCUGAAAAUUGGUAGGGAUGUUAAUAAUUAAGGAAAGCCAGCAAAGUGUUGUUAUUUUUCGGCCCUGUAAAAAACUUCUGAUGUAGCAGUCGGUCCAAAAUCCAAGAUGUCCACCAUGCCAACAGUACCACUCUGAUUGCUCCUGACUAUGUUUACUACAAUAUUACAAGGAGCCCUGAAGAAAAAAUAAUGGUAUGGGUGUAAUAAUUAGGUAGAGGGAGAUCAUAAUUAUGAAAUUGGAAGAAAGGAAUUCAAUAUUAUAUACUGACAAUGAAACCUUUCACACCUAGGGCCGAUUUGUAUUUAUUGCCUCUGGAAGUCAAUGGGUUUAGUGUAUAUCCAUUCAAUUAAUGUUUAAAACUACUCUCUUAUGGCCUAAGAUGGCCAACCAUCAAUUGGAUAAAGGAAAGUCAGUGCUGAGAUGCAGUCCAUAAAGGCUGUCUCCCUUGGGGCACAUUUAUGGACUUUAAUGAUGUAUACAGUCAACUAGGGUAAAGAAAUGUUUCGUUGUGCGUGGCUGUGCAUGCAGGUGUAUGAGCGUGCGUGCUGUGUGCACGUGCGUGUGCGUGCUGUGUGCACGUGCGUGUGCGUGCAUGCUUGCAUGUUGUAUCUAAGAGUGAGGAAUGAUAGUUCUAAGGGGUAAGGAAGAUAUCAAUUGACUAAAGGAUGAUAAAACUAUUGACAUUUGUAAUGUAAGAAAGAUAUGUUAGCUGUAACUAACAUAAGGUGUGGGAGAUACUGAUAUAGGUAGUUGUAACUAAGGAUGAGGUUAAUUUUUAUAUUAAAAAACUGUUGCUAUAACAGAGAGGUUUGAUCACUGUAAUGUAGAAUGUUUGGAAAUGUCACUUAACCAUACCACAUGUCAUUAAAUGCAUUUAAUAUUU